CUUCACUCUCCACCUUGUUCCUCCUCCCACGGUGCGCUAGCCAAUGCUCCUCCGCCUCCGCCCCACGGCGGCGAUCGCAGUCGCCGUCGCCGCCGCCGCUUCCUCCCUCCGCCGCCUCCACCCGCCCCUCUUCUCCUCCUCCUCCUCCUCCGUCCCCGUCACUGCGCCUUCAACCCUAAAGCUCCCCAGGACGCGUCGGAGAAGCCGCUUCUCCACCUCUGCGUCGACGGCGAGCUCCCGCCGCCGCGGCCUCGCCACCGCCUCCGCCUCCGCCUCCGCGAAAGAUGGGAAAGAUAAGGUGGAAGCAAAUGAAGAGCGAUAUGAUGUAAUUGUUGUCGGAGGAGGGCAUGCAGGCUGUGAGGCUGCAUUGGCAUCUGCCCGGCUUGGGGCCCGGACUCUUCUUCUUACCCUCAACAUUGAUCGAAUUGCAUGGCAGCCUUGCAAUCCAGCAGUUGGUGGACCUGCAAAAUCUCAACUGGUGCAUGAGGUUGAUGCCCUUGGUGGUGAAAUAGGGAAAAUUGCUGAUAGAUGCUAUUUACAAAAGCGUGUUUUGAACCUCUCGAAAGGCCCUGCUGUUCGAGCUUUGCGUGCUCAGACUGACAAAAGGGAGUAUGCUAUGGAGAUGAAGAAAGUUGUUGAAAGCACUCCGAACCUAUUUAUCCGAGAGGCUAUGGUCACAGAGGUUUUAGUAGGCAAGAAUGACAGUGUGGAAGGUGUCUGCACUUUCUUUGGAAUGAACUUCUAUGCUCCUUCUGUCGUACUCACGACAGGAACAUUCAUGAGCGGUAAGAUUUGGGUUGGUAGGGCGUCAAUGUCUGCAGGGCGAGCUGGCGAGUCGGCUUCUCAUGGGCUUACUGAAAACUUGCAGCAUCUGGGAUUUGAAACUGAUCGACUAAAAACUGGAACUCCAGCACGAGUUGACUUGAGAACUGUUGACUUUUCUGGUCUCGAGCCCCAGCAUGGGGAUGAAGAGGUAAGCUGGUUUAGCUUUGAUCCUGAUUUCCACAUUGAAAGAGAUCAAAUGUGUUGCUAUUUGACACGAACAACAAAGGAGACCCAUCAGCUUAUUAGAGACAACUUACACGAAACACCAACCUAUGGUGGCUGGGUUGAAGCGAAGGGGCCAAGAUACUGCCCAUCUAUCGAAGAUAAGAUUGUAAGAUUCCAAGAUAAAGAGUCCCACCAGAUUUUUCUUGAACCAGAGGGCAGAAAUGUUCCAGAGCUUUAUGUGCAGGGCUUUUCGACUGGUUUACCUGAGAGGUUGCAGCUACCACUCCUAAGAACAUUACCAGGACUUGAGACUUGUGUAAUGCUAAGACCUGCCUAUGCUGUGGAAUAUGACUAUUUGCCGGCUCAUCAGUGUUCGAGAUCACUCAUGACAAAGAAGUUUGAAGGUUUAUUCUUCUCUGGUCAGAUUAAUGGAACAACAGGCUAUGAAGAAGCUGCUGCUCAGGGUAUUAUCUCUGGAAUUAAUGCUGCGAGGCAUGCAGAUGGGAAGCCCGUUAUUAUUCUAGAGAGAGAAAGCAGCUAUAUAGGCACUUUGAUAGACGAUCUUGUCACAAAAGAUCUCCGAGAGCCAUAUCGUAUGUUAACUAGCCGCUCAGAACACCGACUUCUUCUUCGUGCUGAUAAUGCUGAUAGCCGGUUAACUCCUUUGGGACGUGAGAUUGGUUUAAUAGAUGAUAGACGAUGGGACCUUUACAAAUCAAAGCAAGCCCGCAUUACGGACGAGAAAGAACGCCUGAAGUCUGCGCGGGUUUCAGGAGGGGAAUUUGCUUCUGAGGUAUCUACUGUAUCUGGACAGCCUGUGAAAGAUUCCUUUACGUUGGAAAGCAUUCUAAAGAAGCCACAUGUACAGUAUAAGCUUCUUGACAAGCACGGCUAUGGGAAUGAGCUUCUUUCAAGGAGUGAAAAAGAAUGUGUCGAGAUUGAUAUCAAGUAUGAAGGAUUCAUAACGCGGCAGAAAAGCCAACUACAGCAGAUUGUUAAUCAGCAACACAAAGCACUUCCUGAGGACUUGGAUUAUUAUUCAAUGACAACCUUAUCGCUUGAAGCUCGCGAGAAACUUUCCAAGGUAAGGCCACAAACAAUAGGCCAAGCAAGCCGGGUCGGCGGCGUGAGCCCAGCGGAUAUCACGGCUCUCCUCAUUUGGGUGGAAACGAAUCGGAGAAAAGCCAAUGAAAGGAGAAAACAAGAGUUGUUAAGAUCUUUUCCAGCUGAGAAUGAAGAAGCGAGCUCCUCUGUGGGUGACAUUAUGCAAGCAACCACUGCGUAAUUUCGAUGCAUUUCUGUGGCUGAUAUUUUCGCCCUCUACAAAAACACCGUGAGUUUAGCGUCGCCCCUUUGAAAUUUAAGUCUAUGCGUUCUGAUCUAUUCAGCUAUGAGCAAAGUGGUAGAUAUUGCCUCAGAGACACUAAUUGAAGGAGGCAAAAUGAUGAAAAGUUCUAGUUUUAAUGGGCUAUAACAUAUCGAGGUUUCAGUCACUUUAGGUGGAAAAGUGAAAUAGUAUAAUGACAGGAGAUUUCAUGCAUUUUGGGGCUUUAUUUAUACUUUUCAUUCCCCUCCCCACCACAAUCAUUAAUGCUGUUUCCCAGCUCUGUUGUAAAGUUGUUCCAUUCCAGUUUAUUGAAAUAGUUCAACUUGGAGAAAUUAUUUUUGUAGUAUACAUUUUUUUUUUAAUUACAUUUCAACCCUCCCUCACAGGACCUAAAAUUAAUAGAUGCCCUGCAAGGCUGCGCAGUUUAAAGAUGUCAUAUCAUAAAUUCACUUGUUUACCUUGGAAAUAUUUUUGAGAUUUUCACAGAUGCUAUCACAUAUGGGGCAUUUGUAAUCUUUCAAACUUUUGAGAUUUGUCUAUAAUAUUUUAAACUUUUUUGAAAAAA